AUGGACGUGAUCCCAGAUUUUCCAAGCUCCGACAAAAAUGGGUUGAUCAAAUUUCGCACACACUUUCAUUCGCAUAAUAUCAUUUGGGGAGAUGCGAAGGCAGCCAAUGUGCUCAUUGAUGCCGAUGAAGAUGCAUACCUGAUUGGUUUUGGAGGAGGUUAUACUGAUGGUUGGGUUGAGAAGGAGAAGUCUAACUCGACCGAGGGAGAUCUCCAGGGACUUGCAAAUAUCAAGCGGUACCUUUUUGAAUGA